ACUUCAGUCGAUUGAUCCAGUGGCUCCUGUACACAAAUACACAUCUGGAAUCCAGAAGUGUUGCAGCGCCAUGUGUGUCUCAUUGAUCGCGGAGCUGCUGCUGCUGCUCAAUGAGGAGCCGAUGAAGGGAUGAGAUUCUUGUAACUUUUCCGUGACCCCUCGGUGACAAAGACAGUGGCACUCAAUUGUCCUCAGUCAUUAUGCCCUGCCUUUAUGCCUGGGGCGCUUUGUGCCGCUCUUUGGCGCGUCUGUUUCGCCCAGAGAUUAAUCCUCCGCUAUAUUUAGUUUGUUUCUGCGCACAUCAACUCGCCAUCACGCCUCGUGUUGAAUCAGGUUAAUUUUCCCACCACAUUUGGGGAGACGCUCGCUGACGGAGCUUGACUUGCUUGUGUUUACUGGUGUGUGCAGCAGCGUCACCUCCAUUGGCCGAUCUGGUCACAUGGUUCGCCAACUUUAUUCAGUUGACACCAAGUAGGAGGGCUUUAUGGAGGGAGGAAAAAAGACAACUCGAGAAAAAUUAGUAUUUUCUCCCUUCAGAAAUUAAUGGCCAUGAGUUCGUAUAUUGUGAACUCCAAAUAUGUGGAUCCCAAAUUUCCUCCGUGCGAGGAAUACUCUCAGAAUAACUACAUACCUGAGCAGAACUCGGAGUACUACAGUCCAUCGCAGGACACUUCAGACUUUCACCAUCCAGGGAUCUUUCCACGCUCAACUUACGCGGAGCAGGCGUUCGGCUGCACCCCUGAGCCGGCGGUGCACGAGCCCCGGGGUCACGUCCAAGACAGAGGCGGUCACCGGACCACGUUCAGCGGACACCCCGAGCCGGAGAGUCCCGUGCAAGUGCCCGGAGCUCGCAACCAGCAGCAGCAGCAGCAGCAGCACACGAAGAGCCAAAACGGGAUACAGAGCAAACAGCCCGCAGUCGUUUACCCGUGGAUGAAGAAAGUGCAUGUAACUACUGUGAACCCGGACUACACGGGAUCCGAACCCAAGCGGUCCAGGACGGCGUACACCCGCCAGCAGGUCCUGGAGCUGGAGAAGGAGUUCCAUUUUAACAGGUAUCUGACGAGGCGGCGGCGGAUUGAAAUCGCGCACACGCUUUGUCUCUCGGAGAGGCAGAUUAAGAUUUGGUUCCAGAACAGGCGGAUGAAAUGGAAGAAGGAUCACAAGCUGCCCAACACCAAGGGCAGAUCAGCGCCCGGCCACAUGCAGAAGGACAACCAGACUGACAUCACCGCCUUAUAAAAAAAAAAAAAAAAAAACAACCUCCAGUUUGACUUCUGCAUGUUUAAGCCGUUUUUAUUUCACUCCCAACAGCUCCAUUUUGAGGAUUUCAGUUUGCUCCCUCUGCAACAGUGGAACUCUUUGUUCUGAUUUCUCAUAGGCCUCUGUUUACUUGAACAGUAUUUUCACUCGCUCCUUCUUUAACUUAUUUUUGUACGAUGAAAACAAAAGCUUUCGAGUUUCUUACUCCCAAAAACAUUCCUGCGCGACCGAGUGCCCUUUAUAAUUCACCCCUGCUUCUGCAUGGCAUCCCUUCAUUUUUGUAUUAUUUAUUUCAAACACGUUUUUACGUUGGAGAUGGUGUGCGUUAUUAUUAUUGUUAGCAUGAUCGAAUGCGAUGUUUAGUAUUAGUUAAUGUGAGAUUAAAUAUUUCCGAGGAGGAGGUGGCAGGUUGAAGACAGAUUUAUUUUACUUUUUGUUUUAAAUCGUCUUUGUGUUCGGAAAACAAAAAAAAGAAGCGCUCACAGUUGCUGGAGGUUUUCAAGCUAUUUGAGCCGAACUUCGACAAAAGCAGCCCCAGGUUCAUCCAGGGGACACAUUUCAGCCGCAAGGACUGACCCCGACACCCCUGACCCGCCGGACAAGCAGCAUUCCCUCUCCCGGGCUGGAGUUUUUAAGCUCUGAAUGUAGUUUUGACAACAGUAUUUAUACCUAAAUAUAUGAAAUAUUAUAUAUCCAGAGCGGCUCCGAUCUUCACCUCAAUAUGCAACGAAACAGUUUGUGUUUUUAUUUUUGUAUGCUUUUUACAUUGUAUUGUGCAUUUGAGAUGUGAGAAGUAU